AAAGGAAACAUUCAACCAGAAAACACAUACAUUUGAAUCUUGUAACACAAUAGCUCGAUAAACAAUUAAGACGUCAUCACUUAAAUUAUAAUUCGUCACUGAAAGCAAAAUAGCUGUCCUUGUACCAUAACAUCCAUCUGCUCUACUGCACUACAUGCAUUACACUGAAAUUUCCCGCCUACACUGGAGGAGCUCUCACAUCCGUCUGUCAUGUGCGUCAUCAGAAAUGAGACCAGCUAUUGGCUGAAACGCUGUCGCUUCAAUCCCAGAAGUCAAUCAAAGCUGGCGAGGAAGCGGGAUUUACAUCAUUACCCGUGCAAGAGUGUUUAGCUUUGCUCUUCUGUAAAUACUGUAUCGUCACUUUUAGAGGUUUUAUUAACCGUGAUCAUUAAUUUACACGAACUGUUCUCAAAGUUUAGUGAAUGUAGCCAUGCCAUAUCGUUUGAUAUAUUUUUUCGUGUAAAUGCGUGAUACCAAUAUAUCACAAUGUAAGCCUUAAAAAAGCUCCCAUUACGUUUUGUGUACUUGUCGAAAAAAGAAUGGAUCGGGAAAAUUGCCUUGGUCGCCGGGGCUGCUUGGACUUUUGGACAAAGGAGAACAACAGUAUUAUAACAAAGUGGAAGUCAGUUCAAAGAGUGCAGAAAGGAAACCAUCAAAAAGACCUACUGAAACAGUGCUACUCCGAAAUUGGCAAGCUGCUUCAAAAAAUACAAGGGCUACCCUCUGUUGCUGCCACCCUUUCUCUGGAACUGACUGUUCUCUACAACACCUUACUGUUCAGUUUCGGCCUGUCAGACCAUGGAGGAGCUGGAAGAGGAGAGCUCCUGACUCUGGGUCUAGUCAGAGCACUGGAAGCCUUGGACAGUGAGCCACAAAGCUCUGACCCCCUAGAUCUGUGGCGAGCAGUACUGCAGAUCUCCGGCUCUCAGGAAUGGAUCGUUUUCUUCCACCAGCUGGCUUGUCUGCAGUGGGCAGAGUGGCUAUCUGCCGGCCAGCUUGAGAAGAUCAGGGAACUGGCCGUCUUGCUGGCCGACUCACGGGUGAGCCACUGUCGAAUGGCAGAAAGGUUGUUUCUUUUGUUCGUAUUGCAUUAA